CAUUUUGUGUUUUCUUGUUUUGCUUUGCAGAUUUCAGAAAUGGAUAUUGGCUUAGCAGUUGGUGGUGCAUUUCUCUCUUCAGCUUUGAAUGUUCUCUUUGAUAGGCUUACUCCUCAGGAUGAUCUGCUCAACAUGUUUCAGAAGCAUACGAAUGAUGUUCGGCUCUUAAAGAAGCUGAGAAUGACUUUGCUUGGUCUUCAAACUGUGUUAAGUGAUGCAGAGAAUAAGCAAGCAUCAAAUCAAUUUGUGAGCCAGUGGCUUAAUGAGCUUCAAGAUGCUGUGGACUCUGCUGAAAAUUUGAUGGAACAAGUCAAUUAUGAGGUUUUAAGACUUAAGGUGGAAGGUCAGCAUCAAAAUCAGCAAGUAAGUGACCUCAACCUGUGCUUGAGUGAUGAUUUCUUUCUUAACAUAAAGGAGAAGUUGGAAGACACUAUUGAAACAUUGAAGGAUUUGCAAGAGCAAAUUGGUCUACUUGGCUUAAAGGAACAUUUUGGUUCGACUAAACGAGAAACUAGAACACCUUCAACUUCUUUGGUUGACGAUUCUGAUAUCUUUGGAAGGCAGAAUGAUAUAGAGAAUUUGAUUGACCAUUUAUUGUCUGAAGAUGCAAAUGGAAAAAAUUUGACUGUAGUUCCUAUUGUUGGAAUGGGGGGUGUGGGUAAGACAACACUUGCUAAAGCGGUUUACAAUGAUGAGAAGGUGAAAAACCAUUUUGGUUUGAAAGCUUGGUUUUGUGUUUCUGAGGCAUAUGAUGCUUUCAGAAUAACGAAAGGGUUACUUCAAGAAAUUGGCUCAUUUGACUUAAAGGUUGGUGACAAUCUUAAUCAGCUACAGGUCAAAUUGAAGGAAAGCCUGAAGGGAAAGAAGUUUCUCGUUGUUCUUGAUGAUGUGUGGAAUGAUAACUAUAAUGAGUGGGAUGACCUGAGAAAUCUUUUUGUACAAGGAGAUAUGGGAAGUAAGAUCAUUGUAACUACACGUAAGGAGAAUGUUGCCUCGAUGAUGGGUAGCAGAGCAAUCAAUGUGGGAACUCUGUCUAGUGAAGUCUCUUGGGAUUUAUUCAAACGACAUUCACUAGAAAAUAGGGAUCCCGAGGAACACCCAAAAUUUGAAGAGGUUGGAAGAAAAAUUGCAGACAAGUGCAAAGGGUUGCCUUUAGCUCUAAAGACACUUGCUGGUAUUUUGCGCUGCAAAUCAGAGGUGGAAGAGUGGAGAGACAUUUUAAGUAGGAAAAUAUGGGACCAGCCAAGUUGUUUGAAUGGUAUAUUACCAGCGUUGAUGCUGAGCUACAAUGAUCUUCCUCCAGAUUUGAAGCAAUGUUUUGCUUAUUGUGCAAUAUAUCCAAAAGAUUAUCUAUUUUGCAAAGACCAAGUUAUAUACUUGUGGAUUGCUAAUGGUCUUGUACAGCAGUUUCAUUCAGGUAGCCAAUACUUUCUUGAGUUGAGAUCAAGAUCAUUGUUCGAAAGGGUCCCAGAGUCUGAAUGGAAACCGGAGGGAUUCUUAAUGCAUGACCUAGUCAAUGAUUUGGCCCGAAUUGCAUCUUCAAAACUUUGUAUUAGGUUGGAAGAGAACAAAGGAUCUCAUAUGUUGGAACAGAGUCGGCACAUGUCCUAUUCCAUGGGAGAAGGUGAUGACUUUGAACAGUUGAAACCCCUCUACAAAUUGCAGCAGUUGAGGACAUUGCUUCUAAUCGAUACUGAUUACUCACCUCCGCUAACCAAGAGGGUGUUGCAUAACAUAUUGCCAAGACUAACAUCCUUAAGGUCAUUAUCGUUGUCAAAUAGUUGGAUUGUGGAGUUGCCAGAUGUGUUGUUUAUCAAAUUAAAGCUUCUCAGAUUCUUGGACCUUUCUAGGGUGCUGAUUGAAAAGUUGCCAGAUUCCAUUUGUGUAUUGUAUAACUUGGAGACACUUCUCCUGUCACAUUGUAGUAAUCUUAAGGAGUUACCACUGCAGAUGGAAAAGCUAAUCAACUUACGCCAUCUUGAUGUAAGCAACACUUUUAGCUUGAAGAUGCUGCUACAUCUAAGCAAGUUGAAAAGCCUCCAAGUGCUAGUGGGAGCUAAGCUUCUUGUAGGUGGUCAUGGUGGAUUGAGAAUGGAAGAUUUGGGUGAACUGCAUAACUUGUAUGGAUCUCUAUCAAUUCUAGAGUUGCAAAAUGUGGUUGAUAGAAGGGAAGCUCUAAAGGCAAACUUUUGGGAGAAGAAUCAUGUUGACAAGUUAUCAUUGGAGUGGAGUGAAAGUACUGCCGACAAUUCACAAACUGAAAGAGACAUACUUGAUGAGCUAUGUCCACACACAAACAUAAAAGAACUCCAAAUCACCGGAUAUAGAGGGACAAAAUUUCCAAAUUGGCCAGCUAGUCUUUCGUUUCUUGAGCUGGUUAAAUUGUCUAUUGAUUCCUUGCCAGCACUAGGACAACUCCCUUCUUUGAAAUUCCUUUUCAUUAGAAGGAUGCAUCGAAUAACAGAGGUUACAGAAGAAUUCUAUGGAAGUUCGUCAUCUGGAAAACAUUUUAACUCUCUUGAGAAGCUUGAAUUUGAAGAUAUGCCAGAGUGGAAGCAAUGGCACGUACUAGGAAGUGGCGAGUUCCCUAUACUUGAGAAUCUUUCAAUUGAAAAUUGUCCGAAGUUGAUAGGGAAGUUGCCUGAAAAUCUUUGUUCUCUGACAGAAUUGAGCAUUUCAAGAUGUCCUGAACUCAAUUUGGAGACACCUCUUUUUAAUGAGGCUGAACUGUUUACAUCCCAACUUAAGGGAAUGAAGCACAUUGUUGAUUUAUAUAUUGUUGGUUGUAACUCUCUUACCUCCUUACCUUUUAGCAUACUGCCGAGUACCUUGAAGACAAUAACCAUAUCUCGUUGCCAGAAAUUGAAAUUGGAUCCACCAGUCGGUGAGAUGAGUUAUUGUCACAUGUUUCUCGAGAGAUUGAAACUGCAUGAAUGUGUUUCUAUAGAUGAUAUAUCAUCUGAGUUGGUCCCAAAAGCAUGCAAAUUGAAUAUAUCUAGUUGCCAUAACAUAACUAGCUUUUCGAUUCCUACUGUGACUGAGAGACUCUUCAUUUUUGGAUGUCACAACCUUUCGGUUGCAUGUGGGGGCAGCCAGAUGACGUACUUGGGUAUCGUCUACUGUGACAAGCUGAAGUGGCUGCCAGAACGUAUGCAGGAACUCCUUCCAUCUCUUAAGGAACUGGAACUGUUGGAUUGUCCAGAAAUAGAGUCCUUUCCUGAAGGAGGAAUGCCAUUCAAUUUACAACAACUUCGAAUUGGGAAUUGCAAGAAACUGGUGAAUGGCAGAAAAGAGUGGCGUUUACAUAGACUCCCCUGUCUCAGAAAGUUAGUGAUCGAACAUGAUGGCAGUGAUGAAGAGAUCGAACAUUGGGAGUUGCCUUGCUCUAUUCAAAGAUUUGAGGUAUCCAAUCUGAAAACAUUAAGCACCCAACUUCUCAAAAGCCUCACCUCUCUUGAAGAUCUACGUAUUGGUAAUUUACCUCAAAUUCAGUCAAUGCUGGAAGAAGGGCUUCCCUCCUCUCUUUCUCACCUCACUUCACUUCAAAGCCUCAGCAUCUUCUCCUGCCAUCAACUCCAGUCUCUUUCCCUUCCCUCCUCCCUCUCCGAGCUGAACAUCGAGGAUUGUCCUAAUCUCCAAUCACUUUCCGAAUCAGCACUGCCUUCCUCCCUCUAUGAGCUGACCAUCGCGCAUUGCGCUAAUCUCCAAUCCCUUCCAGCAAAAGGAAUGCUCUCUUCCCUCUCUAAACUAGAUAUUUCCAACUGUCCAUUCCUCAAACCACUCCUAGAAUUUGACAAGGGGGAAUACUGGCCAGAAAUUGCUCAUAUCUCCAUCAUAGCGAUCGAUGAGGAAUACCUUUAAUGAUUAAAACGAGUGGUGCUCUCACAAAUGUAAGUUUUUCUUUUUCCUCAGAAGCUUCCUA